UGAAAGAGGCAAAGAAGCAUACUUCAACUACUCCUUUUGCUAAAACAAAAAUUAUCUGUCUUAGCGAUCAAAAACAAAUCAUGAAGGACUGUUCUAUCCUUCUUUCACUGAUCGCUUUUUUCUGCAGCUCCAAGGUAGAUGCCGGGCUUCUAGAUGACCAAGCAAGAAUUCUAACAGAUUUUAAGUCGAAGUACAACAACAGCCAGUCUGACAUCAUUUUCCUUAUGGAUGUCUCCGGUAGUGUGAGUGACUAUGGCUUCCAAUCGGAGAAGAUUUUUGUCGAAAAUCUUCUCAAUGAGUUCAGUGUGGCCCCUUAUUCGACGCGAGUUGCCGUUAUCACAUUUGGUGCCGAAGUUAAGACGGAUAUUAACUACAUCGACAUUAGUCCGUUAUCAAAAUCGCAUCAAAAGUGCGAGUUUCACCCUUGGUUUCAGUACAACGUUAAGCAUCGUUAUGGAUGGGCCACCAACAUGAAGGACGCCUUCCAGAGAAGUAUAGAUGUCCUUCAACUAGCCAUGGAUCACACACAACGGAGGAGUGGGGUACACACCGUAGCAAUCCUGAUAACAGACGGAUGGUGGAAUAGAGGGAGUCCGGUAGAUAACGCGAACAGACUUAAAAGCUCCUACACGACGGACGUAAUCGCCGUAGGAGUGGAUGGGUACAAUCAGGGACAGUUACAACAGUUGGCAACCUCAAAUGACCUUGUCCUUGGCUUCAGCACCUUCACGAAGUUUCGAGAACUUGCAAUGUUCAUUAGAGGAGACGCUCACGACAAAACGUUUAUGGAAGUAGACUCCAGUAAAUGCACCUCUGGCGGCUGUGAUCUCAAAGCUUUCUGCGCUUGCGGUACAGUCAGUGCAGAGUACCAGUGCGUCUGCAGACAAGGAUAUCGUGGUGCGGGCCUUGCAAAUGGCGAAGGCUGCUCUCCUUGUCUACGUGGAACUUACAAACAGUGGGCUACUCCGAGUGAGUGUAUUGGGUGUCCAGAACAUUCUACGACAGAUGCAGAAGGAAGCAUACUGAAAAGUCAAUGCAAAUGUCACGAUGGGUACGAAGGCGACCCCUCGAGAGACAUCGCUUGUACAGCCGUUAAGUGCGAGGAGCUCCUAGCACCUCCGAAUGGCGGUUUCCUUGCAGCAUGCGACGUAGUUUAUAACAGUGUGUGUGAAUUCCAGUGCGAUUCUGGGUACAAUCUUGUUGGGUCGAGCUUACGAAGAUGUCAGAGUAAUAAAGAAUGGAGUGGAACAGCAGUGCAGUGUGAAGUUAUCACUUGCGCAGUUUUGCCAACACUAAACCACGGUACCAAAACAUGCUCUGGCAAAGGAUAUGAAUACGGAGAUACUUGUACUUUCAGUUGCGAUGAGGGGCAUGAACGCAAAGGAAGCGCAACUAGAACCUGUCAGGCUGAUUCCCAAUGGUCUGGAAGCGCAACGUCUUGUGAAGCUCGUAAGUGCCCAGCUCUUCGUCAGUUAGCUUUUGGUACCAUUGAACCCGUGGAUUGCGUAACGACACCACAGCCUUAUCAACGAGGAUGUACCAUGGCGUGUGUUUCCGGCUACACCAUAAAGGGAGACAGCAACUUGCAAUGUGGGUCAGAUGGUAAUUGGGUUGGAACUUUCCCCAUUUGUGAAGAUCUGCAACCACCAUCCAUCACCUGUCCACCCGACGUGAAUAACGGCACGGACCCCGAGCGGGCGACACGGAGCGUAACCUGGAGUGAUCCUGUUGUCAGUGAUAAUGCAGAGUUGCACGAUCCGAAUGCUGCUCCAACAGUUACUAGAUCGCCUGACAUCAUAUCCCCGUACGACUUUCCCAUUGGCACCACUCGCAUUACAUAUACUGCAACGGACAAAGCCGGCCUAACCCAGUCAUGCGUCUACACAGUAACUGUCUUGGAUAACGAGCCUCCUGCAAUCUAUUGCCCGCAAAACAUGGAGGUCAAAAAGAAGAGUGACACACCAGCUAUAAAGGUCUAUUGGCCACCACCGACAUACCGAGACAAUUCCGGACAGGCCGUCACCAUCUUUACAGAGUCCAUCAAUGGCUCGGAUUUUAGAACCGGUUCUCAUCCGAUCACGUACACGGCAACAGACCAAAAUAACAAUAAAGGAUCGUGCACGUUUAUUAUUGUCAUUUCCUCUGUGAAAUGCAAGCCCUACGAUCCACCAAUCAAUGGCCUAAUUUCCUGUGCUCAGUCUGAUAUCUUUGGAGGAGAAGCGUGCACACCCCAAUGUAGCAGCACAAAAGAAUUUGCCCGAAUCCCGGCUGUUUUCUACAUCUGUCAAAGUAGUGGCACUUGGUUUAUCUGGGAUUCCCGUCCAACUGUAUCCUUGGAAAUGCCGUGGCCUGACUGCACGGAGGAGUAUGUUCCAGGUGCUGCACGCAAAGGCAUGGAGUGGCAAUACUUUGUCGGGGACUGCUCAGAUCCUGCGGUACAGCAACAAGCUAAAGAAAAUUUCAUAAAAGGAUUUAAUGAAGUGUUCGCUCCAGGUGACCCUAACUACUGUCAAAGGGAACAAAUAUGCACCUUGGAAAAUAUCAAAAUUACUUGUGGAAAGGUUCAGAAGAGAAAGCGAAGAAAUGCACAAGCCGUCCUAACCAUCGAACUCGAUGUUGAGAUUGUUACGCAGAACAACGAUUUCGACAAGGCCAAGUCCGAUUUGGAGGGUAAUGUAACAAAUGCGAAGAAUGCUGAUUCAAUGAAGACAAUUCAGGUUAAUUCCCAGACAAUGACGUUGAAGACUGUGACGGAGACCCCCACAACUGGAGUCUGCGUCGACGGAGGCGUGUUUGGUCUCAAUCAAGGCUUCCUCCACAAAGAAAAAUGUCAAAACUGUCCGUCUGGCACAUACUAUGAUGUUAACUUUAAAAACUGCUCAGAUUGUCCACUUGACACAUACAACACAUACACUGGUCAGGUGGGCGAAUGCAGGGUUUGUCCUACGAAGACUUAUACCCUUGCUGUUGGGAGUAAAAAUAUCUCUCAAUGUUUAGCCGCUUGUCAACCUGGAGAGUUCUCACCUACUGGCCUCGCCAACUGUGCACAAUGCCCCUUAAAUACUUACCAGUCUCUUCUGCGACAGACGUCGUGCAUUGCCUGUCCAGGAUCAUCAGUCACUUUGGGAUUUGGUACCAACUCAAUCAGUGGAUGCGGAAUGCCGUGUGCUCCUGGAACAUAUUCUCAGACCGGUGUUGAACCCUGCUUACCAUGUGCUCAAGGGACAUAUCAAUCCGAAAGAAAGCAAACUAAGUGCCUAUCAUGUGACAACAAAUCAACUUAUGGUCAAGGUGCUUCAUCACUGAGCCAGUGUAUCGCGAUUUUGAGCUGUGCGUCCAGUCCAUGCAACAACGAUGCUACGUGCGUUGAAGUGGCCCAGGGAUACAAAUGCAAUUGCAAACCAGGGUUUACCGGAGCAAAUUGCGAUAUCGAAGAGGAUGAAUGUGUCUCAAGUCCGUGUACUAAAGGAUCUUCUUGCGUUGACAAGAUAAAUGGGUAUGAGUGUUUUUGUCCUCCUGACUACACUGGAGCUCAUUGUGACGUCAAACAGAGUAGCUGUGACAGUAGCAAAUGCGCCUCUGGUUCACAGUGCGUCAAUUCCCCAGAUGGACACGAAUGUGUCUGCCCAGAUGGAUACGAAGGACAAUUCUGUGAGACAAAAAUCAAUGAGUGCAAAGCAGCACCAUGUAAGAAUGGUGGAUAUUGUUUGAGCAAGACCUCCGCAUUCCAAUGCAUCUGCCCCUCAGGCUUCAGUGGAAAUCUAUGCGAAAAGAAUGACAAUGGCUGUCUUCCAGACUCUUGCUUGAAUGGCGGGACUUGCAAGGAAACCAGCUAUGGUCCAGAAUGCACCUGUUUGGCAGGUUUUGCAGGCAAAAAAUGCGAAAUUAAUAUUAAUGAGUGUUCAAGCUCACCAUGCCAGAACAACGGACACUGUGUUGAUCAAACAAAUGGUUACAAGUGUUACUGCAAACCUUCCUUCAAGGGAUCUAACUGCGAGACAGAAAUUUCCACUGACUUUGACAUGGAGUUCGAUAGAAAACUGGGUCGUGGAUUAGCUAUCGUGGAAAUGCGUCAGGAAUUGAGAGCGUUUUCUGUCGCUUUCUGGAUGAAAGUUGCCAACAGUGAGGUUAAUCCUGGAACACCUUUAUCAUAUGCUGUCAAAGUGGGAGAGAAAGUUGAGGAGAAUGCUCUUGUCAUUCAUGACUAUAAUGGGUUUAACAUUUGGGUGAACGGUGAGAAAGCUUCCACGAACGUAGCAGCAAAUGACGAUAAAUGGCAUCAUAUGGUAAUGACCUGGGAAAGUUCAACGGGGACAUGGAAAGUGUACAAGGAUGGAAGCCUCGUCAGAAAAAGUGAUCCGGCUGAGCCUUUUCAGAAGGGACAGGUUAUUGCAGCAGGAGGGUCUUUUGUUCUUGGACAAGAACAAGACGCUUUGGCAGCCAACUUUAGUGCUAAUGAAGCUUUUAUCGGCAAAAUGAGUCAGAUGAACGUUUGGAGUUAUGAACUCGCGGCCGGAGAUAUUGCAGACAUGGCACGACACGCUGAAAGCCUCCUUGGAAAUGUCGUUGGAUGGUCCGAUUUCUUUGAUGUGGCCAAUAGCGGUAUUAAGAAGAUUCAACCGUCCGUAGCACGAACUGAUAACAAAUGCUGGACUGCGUGGCUAAACAAUGACUUACCCACCACUGGUGCAGGGGACACGGAGACUCGCGCAGGUGCAUGUGCGGGACCCGGUCUAUUUGAUUGUCAGGAUAUCGAUGGAAGAUCAAUGCCAGACCUUGAAUUGAAUUUGACAAGUACUUGCUCAGAUAGUGGUAUCACGUGUUUGAAUAGCGAUCAAAGAACUGGACGCAGCUGUCCUGACUUUAAAGUUCGAUAUGUCUGCACGUGCCCAGCGAAUAGUGCCUGCAACAGCAAUCCAUGUGGAGCUCACGGGACAUGUGAGACUCUUCCAGUUGGAUAUAAAUGCAAAUGUCAAGCAGGAUAUGAGGGUCGCCAUUGUGAAACAGCUCUAAAAUGUCCAUGUCCCGGAAAAAUUGCACAUGGCAAGUACAGUGGUAGCCGAGUUUUGGGCAGUAAAAUGACCAUCCAUUGCGAUAAUGGAUACAAGGCAAGUGGAACGGCAACGCUGAACUGUGUUGGUGGAAAAUGGGAUGCUCUUGUUCCACAAUGCAUAGACAUUGAUGAAUGCUCCACCGGACAGGCAAACUGCGGGCAAGAGUGCGUAAACACGUUAGGAAGCUACAAAUGCAGGUGCAAUGCGGGAUAUUCACUUAAUCAAGACGGAAGCUGUUCAGAUAUAAACGAGUGCAAUUCCAAUAAUGGAAACUGCCAGCAGAGCUGUCAUAACAGUGUCGGUAGCUACCGCUGUACAUGUGGAUCUGGGUACAGUUUAAUGGCGGACGGUAGAUCAUGCGCAGAUGAGAAUGAAUGUUCUACCAACGCUGGAUUGGGCCCGUGUGGGCAGAUUUGCGUCAAUACGUUUCUAGGAUAUAGCUGUCUGUGUAGGCCAGGAUAUACUCUCAACAACGAUAAGAAAACAUGCACAGCAAACUCUUGUCCAGCUAUACAUAGCUUUGCUAAUGGGAAACUGGACCCAGCUAAUCCCGCAACAACCCUAGAUAGCACUGUGAAAUUUGAGUGCAACGUUGGUUACACAUUGAGGGGAGCGUCCACAAGAACAUGUUUGGCUAAUGGCGAGUGGUCUGGAAAUGCACCUCGCUGUGAUGGAGUUAAAUGCAUCCUCCCCGGAGACCUUAAGGACGGAAUGAAAAGCACCUCAGCAAAUUCAUAUAACACUGUUGUCACUUACACAUGCAAUCAGGGAUUCCGAUUAGUGGGAUCAACAACUCGUACAUGUCAGGCCGACGGGUCCUGGAGCGGAGAGCAUCCUCGCUGCAUAGCUGCUGACUGUCCUGAGCCUUCGGUUCCGAAUAAUGGAAAGCUGAUUGGUCUUCAAAGGAAAAAUGGCGACACCAUCAGAUUUGAAUGUGACCUCGGUUACAAACUGGUUGGUCAAGAUUAUGCUAUUUGCCAAGGAAACGCCUGGAACGCUCCCGCGCCGUCUUGUGAUUUGGUAAAUUGCGGUGAACCUCCAGCAAUAGCAAACGGUCAACAUCAUGGCUCAGACUAUUCCUACAAUGCAAAGGUGACGUUCUCUUGCGUAGCCUCAAACUUCAAGCUGUCAGGUUCAGAAGAGAGAAUAUGUCAGGCUGACGGUACAUGGAGUGGAACUCAGCCAGUCUGUCUAGAAAACUCAUGUGGCAACCCUGGUACACCGGAAAACGGAAUUAAGGUUGGAGAUAGCUACAAGUAUCAUGAUGUUGUUCAAUUCCAGUGUAAUGAAGGAUAUAACUUAAUUGGGUCCAGCUCCAGAACAUGCAAAACGGACAAUAAUUGGGAUGGAACACAACCAACCUGCCAACUUGUCAGCUGCGGAGAUCCUGGAUUGCCUUCAAACGGGGAGCGCUUUGGAUCAGAAUUUACUUAUGGAAAGAUUGUGGUAUAUGACUGCAAACCUGGCUACCAACUUGUGGGAACCAGGGAAAGCAAAUGCCAACUGGACGGGACUUGGUCUGCGGUAGUCCCCAGUUGUGAUGUUUCAUCAUGUGGCGCAGAACUUGUUGGGCCCUCCGGGAGUUUUAGUUCUCCAAACAACCCCAACAGCUACCCAGACAAUGCCUACUGCCGCUGGAAAAUAAGCGUGCCAGCCGGCAAGAAGGUUAUGGUUACAUUCAAUUCGCUAAAAACCCAAAAGAACAAAGAUCUGGUAGAAAUAUAUGACGGUGGUUCCAAAGCACUUAUCACCAAACUCUCUGGCGUUUAUUCCAAACCGGUUUCAUUCACGUCCGAAAGUACCUCAAUUGAUAUACGUUUUGUGUCUGAUGGUAGUGAAAACUCGGCAGGAUUUUCAGCAUCGUUCCAGCAAGUCACAUGUGGAGGUGUAAUUACUGCGCUGGACCAGACCGUAAUGUCACCCAACUUCCCCAGUGACUAUCCGAAUAGUGCCACUUGUGUGUGGACACUCGCCCUUGGCAUACCCUUCCAGCUGGAAUUUGAGAGCUUCCACACACAGUCUGGCUAUGAUCUUUUGAAAGGAUACAGCUCAAUUAGCUCCUUUACUUCGAGUGAUCUCAUAUUCGAUUUCGACGGGGAGAGGUUCAACCUUGCACCGAUACAAGUCUCAGGUGGCCAGAUGUACCUGAUAUUUACAUCCAACUACGUCGGAACUGCCCCCGGAUUUAAGCUGACGAUUAAAAAAUAUCAAGUAAUCGUGGGAAAAUAGGAGUGUAAUCCAGACCUGGAGUUAAUAAAUCGUAUAAUUCCAGAUAUGUCUUGCUCUAGUAUUUUAAAACGUUUUAAUCAAACGGGUUUGUAAGAGAGAGGAACGUGAAUAAAUUAUUGAAAACCGAAA